AUGGCCAUAGUGUCUCACAAUAAUGUUCAGUCCGCGCCUCCCUCCGAGACUGCACUCGCCACAGCUGCCUCGAGCUCCGAGUCUAGCGUCUUGACUUCCGGUUCAAAUCCACCACAGCCCUCACUUCUGCCUGAUGACACGAAGCAUUGUAUUCGAAUUGAGAUAGUGGUUCUAGGAGCAGCAGAGGUAGAUGUCAAGCUGUUGUUGAAGUCCCUCCAAUCACCAGUACCGACGCAUAACUGA